AUGGUCAACUUGAUGUGCUCCGGCUUGGAUGCGAUCUCUUUAGCAACAGUUGAGCAGUCCUUACGCAGCCGGCAGGAGUUGCUGGCGCUGCUCUUGUCAGCUCCGCAGAUUGGUGAGAGCCUGUGUGCCAGCGAGGAGAUGGCUAAGCCAAGCCUCGUACAGUCACUGCGGCGCUUGUGCUCUUUAAUCGUUCGCACAGCAGGAGUACUAGGAGCGACCUCGCGCAACAGGACAUGCAGUGCGGCCCAUGUCCUGGUCAACAUGGUUGUGAUUCUGGAGCGAUUUGCCCUCCACCACGAAAGCGGCUUCUCAUCUGCAUCCGAGCUGUUGGCCUUCCUUCAUUGGCUGGCAUGGGCCAAGGAGCAGAUGGGCCAUGGGGCGGAGGACGCCAAAGCAAGUGCCAAGGCAGCGCUGGCCUUGAAUCGUGGCAGCUUUGCUCGCCUACUGCUCUCAUCGGUUGACCGUGGCAGAGACGACAUCCUUUUGGCUAUAUGUCGGCUGUAUUUUGCACCGUCAGAUGGCACAGCGGAGGCUGAGUGUGAUCCUCCUCAGGAGGUGCUGCAAACUCUUGCUUUUGCAACUCCGCUCGCGGAACGUUUGUUCCCAACCUUCAGAGGGUUGAUGAGGAACCGAAGCGCCGAGGAGGUAUUCGAUGCGCUUGGCCCACCGGCGCUGGCAUCGCCAGAGGCUAUUCGACUGCGCGUAUUCUGCUCAGUUUAUGCCUUGCAGCUACAGCCGAUGUACGACUACGAGUUCUUCGGGGCUGCAAACCCCCUGAGACUUGAUGAGGUGCGAGAGCUGCUCCCGUUCCUGAACCGUUUGACCUAUCACUUUGUGAUCACCAUGCCAGACCAGGCGGUUCUUCUGCCGGCCGCAAAAGCUCUUCGCGGCAGCCUCACUUCUCUGAUCAACUUGCUUUAUCAUCGGCAUCGGCGGAAAGCAAUCUUGGAGAGCGACAGUGCUUGGAUCAUCCCAGAGUCGCGUGCUCUGCUCCGACGUGCUCCAUCAGCCAUAAAUCUGGGUGUUGAUCUUCCUGACGAACCUAUGGAGCCCGCACAAGAUGAGCAAGAUGAGGAUGAGCUGAUGGAGGUCGAUGAGGACGCUGGCCAGGCAACUGAGCGGGGCGCCAUGCCCAGUGCAACCUCGUCGCAAAGCUUGGCAGAAAGAGCCUUGCAGGCAACCCUGGCCGAGAUUCCUCACGUCCUGCCGUUCGAGGACCGGGUCUCCGUGCUACACGGAGCCAUCCUGGCUGACCAGGAAGAGCGGCGGGCAUACCGUGGCCCUUGGGGUCCUUCUGCCAUGGAUAAGCAUCAGAUUCGUCGAAAUUUCUUGGUUGAAGAUGGUAUUGCUGCCUUCGAAGGCUUGGAUGAUGAGCAAGGUCUUCGUGACACUUUUCGUGUCGAAUUCAUUGCUCCGGAUGGCACUCCAGAAAGCGGCGUGGAUGGUGGCGGCUUGUUCAAGGAGUUCAUGGUGCACAUCUGCCGAGAAAUGUUUGAUCCAGAGUUCGGCCUUUUCAGCGCAACGUCUGACCACACUCUCUACCCUGCCACGUCAGCCUUUGCCAAGUACCGGCAAGCUGCUGACUUGUACACAUUUCUGGGCAAGGUUGUGGGAAAGGCCAUAUAUGAGAUGUUCCUGUUGGAGCCGCAAUUCAGCCGGGUCUUCUUGAAUCGGUUGCUGGGGCGCGUCAAUGAGGUAGACGACAUUGCCUCCCUGGACAAAGAAUUGCACAAAAACAUGCUCCAAAUCAAGGAGUGUUCAGAUGUAGAGGCUCUUGGAAUCACGUUCAGCAUCUCCGUUACUGAGAAGGGUGUGCACAAGGACAUUGAUCUCAUUCCUGGUGGCAGUGACACUCCCGUGACAUGUGAGAAUCUUACGCGGUACCUCCACCUCAUGGCCAACUACAGGACGAACGUGCAGUUCCAGCGGCAUAAUGCAGCGUUCCUCAGUGGGCUUCAGAAGGUGCUGCCAGUUGCUUGGUUGAAGAUGUUUGAUCCCUAUGAGCUAAACACCUUGAUAUCUGGCUCCACAGCUGGGUUUGACGUGAAGGACCUGCGCGCCAAUACGGUGCUCUCUGGUGGCUAUCAGGACGACAGCCCAUGCGUGGUUUGGCUUUGGAAGCUCUUGCAAGAAGAUCUCGAGCCAGAAGACAUGGGCAGAUUCUUGAUGUUCUGCACCUCUUGCAGUCGCGCACCGCUGCUGGGGUUUCAGAACCUCAACCCGAAGUUCUGCGUGCACCGAGUGCCAGAUUCAGAGCGCCUCCCCACCAGUGCAACGUGUGCCAAUUUGCUAAAGCUACCAGACUACGUGAGUUACGAGAGCCUCAAGUCAAAAGUCCUCCAAGCGAUCCGCGCAGAAGCUGGCUUUGAUCUAAGCUGA